AUGAAGUGUCUCUCCGUCUUGGUAACAUCGACCUUGGUUGCCUUCGCCGCUGCGGUGCCCACUGCUAGCUCCACCUCUGCAUCGAAAACGAGAACAGUGACUGCACCAGAGCCUCUGGCGAGCACCUGCUCCAAUGCCCACAAGUUCACGUACUUCGGAGUCAACGAAUCUGGCGCAGAAUUCGGCAACCAAAAUAUUCCGGGAACUUUGGGCAAGGAUUACAUUUGGCCAGCUCCAAGUUCGAUUGAUUACUUUGUCAGCCAGGGCAUGAACUUCUUCCGUGUCCCAUUCCAGUUGGAGCGGUUGACCCCUCCUGCAACCGGUAUCACUGGAGCUUUCAACUCUGCCUACUUCCAGAGCCUGUCGGACACCGUCAACUACAUUACCGGAAAGGGUGCCUUUGUUGCGAUUGAACCUCACAACUUCCUCAUUUACAACAAGGCGACUCUGAGCGACCCCAAUGCCUUCCAGACCUUCUGGAAGAACCUUGCUAGUCGAUUUGCCUCCAACAGCCAUGUCAUCUUCGAUCUUAUGAACGAGCCACAUGACGUUGCCGCCACCCAGGUCGCCGCAAUGAUGCAAGCUGGAAUCAAUGGCGUUCGUGCAGCUGGUGCCACCUCUCAACUCAUUCUCGUCGAAGGCACAUCAUGGACCGGUGCAUGGACCUGGAUAUCUUCUGGUAACGGUGAUGCUUUCAAGAGUCUCAAGGAUCCAAACAACAACUUUGCCAUCCAGAUGCACCAGUACCUCGACUCAGACGGUUCCGGAACCAGCCCAACUUGCGUUUCAUCCACAAUUGGCCGAGAGCGUCUCGCUGCCGCGACGACCUGGCUGCAACAAAACAACCUACGAGGGUUCCUUGGUGAGAUAGGUACUGGAAGCAACGCUGAUUGCAUUGCCGCUGUAUUCGACGGGCUUUGCUCCAUGGCACAAAGCGGUGCUUGGAUCGGUGUAUCCUGGUGGGCUGCUGGUCCAUGGUGGGCAGACUACUAUCAAUCGAUAGAGCCACCCAACGGCACAGCUAUCUCUCAGAUUCUACCCCAGGCGUUGAAGCCUUUCCUUUGAAUGCUAUCACGAUGUAGUUGACACCAGUUGAAGAAUUAUUUAUUAUUGGAGCGAUGCACC